CGUGGAGGCGGCUAAAUUCAAAACUUUAGACGUUAGCUUUAGGUUGGAGAAUCGCGCACUAUCUAAAAAACAAAUGUCUUAUAAAACCUUUUUUUCGAUAGUUAGUAAGUAUUAACAUAGAUGUAGUUGGUGUAGAACGAAGAAGCUGAUUUACAGUGAAUAAGAUAAAUGAAGAUGGAACCUGUGGAUCCAGGAAAGAACGUUGAAGGCACUGGAUGUUCCAAGCGACGCAUUUCUUCUAUUUUAAAGGCGACACAGAAUUCUGUGCAGGACCCACAGCAACAAGAAAAUGAGGUGGAAACUGCCAAACUGGUUGAAAAGAGAAAGUCGAAGAGAGUGAGUUUUGCUCACGACUUUCUGCCUUUGGCCAAGGAUGCUAAGAACGCUUCGCCUGCACGUAACCCUCUUCAAGAGCUAAUGGGAGCAGCUACUGCAACAACACAAAACAGGGUUCAGAUGGUGACAGCUGAGGACACAAGCCCACAGAUCAUGGGUAUAGACUCCUUGUUGAAUGCUCCUCUACAUUCUUCUCAACAAAGAAUAAUGAUCCACUUUGACAGUGGCAGUGGCAUUGGGGAGAAUACAGUCGUGUUUUCCACAGAGGACGCCGACAUGGACAUGACUCGCAGUCACACCAUAAACAUCAACAGUGAUGCAGAUCUGCUUGGAGAUCCAGACCACCAAAACUACGAUCUGUUACUCUCAGGAGGGGGGAGCGUAGCUGAUGUUUUCACAGAAGUGCCUCCCAAUCAUUUUGUACAAGCAACAAAUCAGGCGUCAGCAUUACUGCUUGAUAAACAAACGGAUUCAAGUGUGGAAACGAGAGCCGUUUCCACAGCGGCUCCUAUUUUGGAUCCUGGCUUUAAAGACUUUCUCUCAAGCCUCUCCAAACUGACUCCCUCCAGCACAGGGAUGACACCUUUAACCUCUGAUCACAUAAAAUCAGCCCUGGCUGCAGAUGUUGACAAAGAAAAUCGGAUGCCAAAAUCUCUGAGGAAUAUUGGAGAAUCCUUUAAUGGAAGUGGUUUCCGUCGAGACGAUGAUGUGAGCAUGGAAGCCCAGACCGGCCGUAUUCUGGGCGCCGACAAUGACGAUCCUUUUCAGUGUCUCUUUCCAACUCAAGAGAUGUACGAAAAGUUAGAAAGAGAGUCACAAGCCAGAGAAACCAAACUGCAACAGAGCUGUGAAAGCUUGGAGUCGAACGACCAAAAAGCCAGUAAAUCUUCUAUAAAUCUUUCCGUACACACUCCUCUUGAAAGCCAUAAGGUUUGGUCCGGUUUAAACGACUUCAGGGAGAAAACGGUUGUGUUCACUGCAGAUGAGUUUAUGGACAUCACUCAGAAUCUCACAGGAAGCAUCGCCAGCGCCGACCGCUCCCUGCAGCAGCACAAAAUCCCAACGAAUGACGUCGACCAAGAGAACUACCUACUGAGUACAAACAGGGGUGGUGUUGACCCGGCAGCUCCUGUUAAACCUGGAGAGGAUUUCAGCAUGGAUAUGACUGAAGUUCAAAGAUCAGAUGAUGUUUUUCAGUUUCUCAUUCCUUCAGAAGAAAUGCAGCCUCUCUGUAAAAGUCAGAAAAAGGAAAUCUUCAAAUUUGGACAGCAGAACAUUGAUGGACCACAGUCAUCUGAUCAUAAAGGUUUAAAAACCUCCUCAAAGCUGAACAUGGAGCCACAAAGGCAUCAGUUGAUGGAUAAAGUUGCAGCUCCAGAUGACUACAGAGAAAAAACGUUGCGGUUUUCUGCUGGUGACGACUGUUUGGACGAGAGUCACACCGUACACAUCUCCACUAAUAUCAAACCGAAUCCGCUCCAAAACGUCAACAUGGCGCCCUCAAGCGAGGAGAAAUCCAUCAGAUUCUAUGCAGACGACGUCACAAUGGAUGUGACUCAGUGCCUCACCACGAAGAUAACCACAGAUUUAGCAUCAGACAAAUUUUCAUCCUUACUCAGUUUACCAACACCAAACAAUUGCGAAGCUGAUUCAACAACGAUGGCUGCUACUUCAGGGCCAUCUGAUGGAUUUACAGUUUAUCUGGAAGAUAACAUGGACAUGACUGAAGCUCAGACGGGAUGCAUUUUGGAAGCUGAAGUGAGCGAAGAAAUGCUACAUAAACACGAGUCCCUUCAGACUGUUUUACCUACUAAAAUUACGCAUCGUCAAAGUGUUCAUGGGGAGACAGAGAGAAACUUACAUCAACAGCAUAAAGAAGAAUUUGGAGCAUCAGGUUAUACAGAAACUUCAACAAAGACCUAUUUAAAGACAAUAAAACAAAGAAACCAGGUUGAGUUUGAGUCUACAAAUGACUACAGAAAGAAAACCAUGAGAUUUGACAUGGCUGAUGUCUCCAUGGAUGUGACUCAAUGCAACACAGUGGACAUUAGCAGUGAUUUGCCACUUCCAAACCAGGUUUUGACUGCAAAUGGAGAGAAAACCGUAAGAUUCGGGGCAAAUGAUGCAGAAAUGGAUGUGACCAAAAGCCACACAGUAAAUAUUCUGAGGGAUUUACCUCUGCAGUCUUUCAUAAAUGUGGCCUUACCUGCAAAUGGAGAGAAAACGGUGAGGUUCAAUGCAAAUGAUGCAGCAAUGGAUAUAACGAGAAGUCACACGAUGGACAUUGCUCAUCAUUUAAAUGUGCUUGUACAUGAAGAAAAGGUUUUGUUACCUGCUGAAGGUGAGCGAACACAGAGGUUUGGUGCAAGUGAUGCAGAAAUGGAUGUGACCAGAUGCCACACGGGAAAUAUUAUGAGGGAUUUACCUUUGCAGUCUUUUCCAAAUCUGACCAUUCCUUCAAAUGAAGAGAAAACAUUGAGAUUCAGUGCAAAGGAUGCUGAAAUGGAUGUGACCAAAAGCCACACUGUAAAUAUUGAGAGGGAUUUCCCAAAUCUGACCAUUCCUUCAAAUGGAGAGAAAACUGAGUGUUUCAGUUCAAAUGAAGCAGCUAUGGAUGUGACGAAAAGUCACACUGUCAAGAUUUUCACCGAUUUAAAAAUGCUCUUAAACCAAAGCAAGAACUUGCUGCCUGCUGGUGGAGAGAAAACGGUGCAGUUCAAUGCAAAUGAUGCAGCCAUGGAUAUAACGAAAAGUCACACUGUGAACAUCGUACAUGAUUUAGACCUGCUUCCACACCAAAGCGUGGAUGCGUUACCCGCUGAUGGUGGGAGAACUGUAAGGUUCGGGGUAAUCGAUGAAGAAAUGGAAUCAACAAAAAGCCUGAUGGGGAAGGUUCUUGUAAAUUCAAAUGUGUUGUCAGACCAAAUUGUCAGCCUGCCGCCUGCUAAUGAAAAGAAUCUGGCUUGGCUGGCAGCAAAUGAUGUUACUAUGGAUAUUACCCGAAGCCACACUGUAAGCAUUGUCACAGAUUUCAACCAAGCCCCGAGUCAGAAUACAGACUCUUCUCCCACCGGCACAGAGUGGAUAAGCAACACCUUUGUGGAUGAGACAGAAAGUGACACAAAAAGCAUUUUGAAGAAUUAUAAACUAGCGUCACGUCACGUCAAAUUGUUGCCGAAAUCUGGAGAGAAAACCACAAAAUUCACAACAAGUAAUGCAACUAUGGAUAUGACUCACUGCCUUAGUGCAAACAUCGUCAGUAACUCCCUAUUACACCCUGUUAUGUCAGAUCAAAACUCUGAGAACAUGAACGAUACUCUUGCUAAGAAGGAAAUGAACAGUGGGAACCGUGGUCUGGAUUCAAAUCCACCUUCAUCAACACGAUCUGAACUGUUUCAGACGAGCUGUGCCCAGGGCGAGGCUAACAGAAACACAUCAUCCUGUCCAGACUCAAGUUAUUCCCAAUGUGGAACAAAGGAACCCGACGCUGAUCCUGAAAAUGAAUCCUCAAGGUUGGGCUCAGAUGUGGGCAAGCCGAUAAAUAAAACCAAAACCAACACUGAGGAAAUCUGCGUGGAUCAGACUGAACCCUUGGCGUCAUCUACAGAUGAUCCACCUCAAGGUGUUUCUUCCAAACAAAACCCUCAUUCAAAAAGUUUCAAGGAAUCUGUGUCUGAUGAAUAUCGACCUGAAGCAGAAACGCAGACCGUAUCACAGAAGAUGGAAAGCUCACCCAGUAAUGCAGAUCAAAAUGCCAAUGUUCUGUCUUCGCGGAUGUCCAGACGAAAGAGUUUAGCCGAUCUCCAGUCUAAAGUGAAACGCUUGAGCCAGUUGAUAAAUGCGGCUCCUGAUCCUGCUGCCAUGGAAACCUGCACACCUUUGUUGCUUCAUCUGGAUCCCAAUGUGGAAAAAAAUACCAAUGAUGCAGAAGCAGAACAACUCUCUGUAGCAAGCAGCUCAACUCCUUUCAGUUUAAAGACAAAACAGCUCAUGUCAAAGCUGUCAGUUGGAGGCUUUAAACCAAAACUCCCUAAAAGAAACACAGCGGGUGAGUUGAAUAAAUCUGCUGUUAAAGAACCUACAAAGACAUUCACUGUCAGCUUUCCUAAUCAGCUGAGCCAAUUUGACAAAAUCACUGAUAUUCACGGUGAAGAACUGGUUGACUGCGAAGAUUUUUCUGAAACAAUUGACACCAUGACGCCUGAGAAGUUCUCUAAGAAAGACAACUCGUCCAAUCAGUUCUCCACGUUCCAGCCUUUGGAGGAAGAUUUUGCAUAUAUGGACGACUUCACGUCCAGCAGCCCGAGACAAAAGAGGUCUCUGCCGGACAAUGAAGAUGAGACAGAGGAGGAUGAGAAGAGAAAGAAGCUAUGCCCAGAGUUUUCUGAAACGGCAUCUCAGUCUGAUGUUGACUAUGAAAGCAACAUGGCCGCUGCUUGUGCGCAGACCAUCGACUCCCCCAGCAACACAAUUAGCAGAUGUGAAAUUGCAUCAGAGACUACUUUUAAACGCAGCCUGUUUGAAUCCCAGCUUGAAGACUAUGGCAAUGAUGGACAAAAGAAACUCGAAGAUGGCACAAUUACAGUUUUGGAGUUCCUCAAUCUCUUCAGCAUAGAUUUUGUCAUCCAUAAUCCUCGCCAAAGCGUCCUUCCUGGCAGACUUCUGGACAACUCUGAUGCAACGGCAUUGAAUUUAUUAAAAGAUAAACACAUAAGCCGCCCUAAACAAUCAGUUUAUGAGGCAGAUGUCAAGACCCUCACAGAAAAAGUGGAAGGGCUCAAGUAUCGGAUGCAAGACUUAAGAAAACCUCUUAAGACUGUAAAUAGAUCUUUGUGGGAGGAAGUGAAUCACUUCACAGAGAAAGAGCUCAAAUCUUUCGGUGCUAAGCUAAAGGAGAGAAACAACUUGUUCAGAAAAAACAGCAAAGUUCAGAGUCAUGAAAUGAAGGAGGAGCUCUACGCAAACCUUGUUCGAGUUAAUCUGGAGGAACAACAAAAACUGAGGGGAACAAUCAGUCAGGCAGAUGAGAUGAUUCAAACUCUGGACGGCUGCAUCAGCGAUUUAGAAGCAGAACUGGAUGCAGUUGUGGAAAAAGGCUCAGAAGAUAAACUUAGUUUAAAAUCACUACAGGAAGAAAUGUCAAAGGUCACUGAGACUUUGGCUGACCAUGAAAGACAAACAUCUGAACUGGAUUUGGAGAAAAAGAAGAAUUCAUGUGAGCUAACGAAGCUGAAAGCUGAAAAGAGGAAGCUGGAAAACGACAUCGACACGCUGAACUUGCUGAAUGAAUGGAGGCUUGAAGAGAAAGACGACAAGAAAGACAACUGUUCAGUUUUCACAUUCCUCCAUAAGACCAUGUUCCUGCGCCUGGUGUAUGAAAAGACCAAUGGAAACGAUGCUGACAGCAAAUCUGAGAGGAAAAUAACAAACAUCAACUUCAAGUUUAAUCUCAGUGAUGAGAAGUCGCAGUGUCACGCUCGUCUAGUUCAUAAACUAGUCUCCCAGUUCAUUGAGGGAGAGUCUGGCUGGGUGGAGAAAUAUCCCACCAGUGGGCACGUCCCAAAGCUUCUCCAUGACGUCAGCUUGGUGGUAAGCCGCUGCCGCCUGGUUGGAGAGGAGCUGCGGCUCCUGAAGAUGUGGGGAAGUCUUCGCUUUGAUAUCCUCCACAUCAGCUGCUCCCAGACCCAAAUCCACAUUGUCUUCAGCAGUCUGAAAAAGCUUUCCAAGUUUGACGUCGUCUUCGGUGUCAGGUUGACUGACCAGAUCUGCGUCUUCCAUGUGCAAAGCUUUAAAAACCUGAUCGGAAACACAACGAUCCAACAGAUUGAGGAAGUUGUGGCUUCGCUCAGUCCAGGAAGGAACCUGUUUACGAGGAUCAUCAGGAAACUUCAUGAAACUCUUCUUUCUUAAUAUCAAAACGUCUCAGAUGGCAUUUAAAUCCCAGGUCUUUGUAAUCAAACGUUGUAAAUAUUGAAAUUAAUGACAUAAUACUUUUGGCUGAAUUUUUAAAAUAAAAUAAAGCAAAUAUAAAUAUG